AUGGCGAGUGGGUCAGUGUUUAGUGUGGAGGAGUUUGUGGCGAAACCUACGCUGAGUCAACUGGACCACUGUAGGAAAGCUGAUUUAUUUGCGAUUGCUGACCGCUAUGACAUUAAGGUUACAACUUCUCUCCUUAAGAAGGAGUUGAAAGCUGCCGUGGUUGACGGAUUAGUGGAAGGGGGUGUGUGUGGUUUACCGGCGACUGUGCCCGAGUCCGCAGGGGAGGUGUGCUCUGAGGCUCGGGGGGCGGAAGCGACUCAGCGGCAGGGAGACAUUUUGAACAUAACCCCCGGUGUAAAAUAUGGUGACAGGGACGAGAAGCAGUUUACGUUGCCACGUUUUGAACCAUUGUCCAUUGAAACGACCCCUGGGUCCAGAAUAGAUGCGCGGAUAAAGCUGCGUUUAGCUCGUCUCCAGCUGGAGAAUGGGGAACGGGAACGGGAGCGUGAGUUUCAGCUCAAGUUGAAGCGGAUGGAAUUGGACGCAGAGACCGCGGUCAAAAUGCGAGAGCUGGAACUACAGUCUAGCUCAGUUUCGUCUGGUGUGCGGCCGUCUUCGUCAUCUACAACAUUUGACGUGGGUAAAAACGUUUCUUUGGUCCCCGUCUUCCGGGAGUCCGAAGUUGAAUGCUAUCUCGGUGCGUUUGAGCGCAUUGCUGCUGCCCUGCACUGGCCGAAGGAUGUAUGGGCGAUACUGUUACAAUGCAAACUCACGGGUAAAGCUCAGGAAGCUUGCGCUAAUCUUUCUGUGGAGGAUGGCCUCUCUUAUGAAAAAGUAAAGAGCGCGAUACUGCAGGUAUAUGAGCUGGUGCCUGAGGCGUAUAGACAGCGUUUCCGCGGUCUGAGAAAAACAGCAAGCCAGACGUACGCUGACUUUGCCAGAGAGAAGGGGAUGCUGUUUGACAGGUGGUGCUCAUCUUGUAAGGCAGAUAACUUCAAUUCAAUACGUGAGUUAAUGUUGUUGGAGGAAUUUAAAAACCAAGUGCCGGAGCGAACUGUUGUGUAUUUAAAUGAGCAGAAGGUAUCUACUUUGCAGCAAGCUGCUAUUCUUGCUGAUGAGUUUGCUCUUACCCACAGAAGCCCCUUUAUCAGGCGUGAUUCCCCUACUCAACAUGAAACUGCUUUUAGGUCCAGUGACACGCGUGUUCCACGUUUUAGUACAUCAGUCUCUGCACCUAAGGCAGAUAAACAAUGUUUUUUCUGUCAUAAAGCUGACCAUCUAAUUGCGGACUGCAAUGCGUGGAAACGUAAGCAGCAGGCGGCAAUUUCAAAGCCCAAGGGUGUGGGGCUAGUAAGAACCGUAACCAGUUGUUCACCGUCCCCCAAUCAAACAGUACCUGAUGAGUGUUUUAAACCUUUCAUUUUCCCUGCAUUUGUCUCGCUCACAGGAAAGGUGGAUGAUCAGCGUCCUGUCACAGUUUUGCGAGACACUGGUGGCUCCCAGUCAUUCAUUCUUUCCUCUGUACUGCCCUUGAGUACGGAGUCUGCCUGUGACACGAGCGCAAUUGUACGAGGUAUCGGGAUGAGGUUUGUACCUGCCCCUCUUCACCGCAUCCAUGUCCAGUCCAACCUUAAAACUGGUUUCUUCCGGGUAGCUGUCCGUUCUUCAUUCCCCAUCGAUGGUGUUGGCUUUAUUAUGGGUAACGACAUAGCUGGGGGCUGCCACCUACGAGAGAAAAGGAGAACUGGGCUGGAGACCUAGAAAAGUGUGAAGGUGGGACAGAGCCUGUCGCUGUUCAUGCGCUGCCACUGACCCGUGAGGCGCUCAUCAGCUCCCAGUCAGGUGACCCAUCUAUGAGAAAAUGUUUUGCAGCAGUUGAGGACCACGAUAAAUGCACUGAAGGUCAGUCAUUUUUCUUAGAUAACGGGGUGUUGAUGCGGAGAUGGACUUCACCAUUAGGUAAAACCAAUGCAGUUAGUGACUGUGGUUCAGUGUGUCAAAUAGUGAUUCCAGUUGCAUAUCGGCAGCAUGUGCUAGAGUUAGCUCAUGAUCAUCCCUGGUCUGGUCACCUUGGUGUCACUAAAACCCACGACCGUAUUCUGAAGCAUUUCUUCUGGCCAGGAAUGAAGAAGGAAGUGACACGCUUCUGCAAAACAUGUAGUACCUGCCAAGUGGUGGGGAAACCAAACCAGGUUGUUCCUCCA